CACUCGAAGUCUCUCUCUCUCGCUGCCGCUUUGCUGCUUUGAUUCCAAUUUCCACCAAAAAGGAAGGAAGAGAAAGGAGAGAAGUUUGUUCGUUUCCCAAUAUAGACAAUAGAGAACGAAGAAGAAGAAGCAGUCUCUUUUUCACUUCUUUAGAUCCGAAUCUCGCUCCAUUUCUUCGAUCUCUUCUUCUCUACCGACGAUUUUUUGCCUCUCUCUCUCUCUCUCUCUCUCUCUCUCUCUGUGCCUUGAUCUUGAUCUCUCUGUCCCCGUCUCUUCCAAAUCUACACAACUACUGAAAUCUCUCUUUUGGAGUCGUCACUAUACACAAAGGCGAUGAGAGGAAGAUCAGAUGGAGGGAAAAAGAAGCCGGUGAUUGUUUUGGUCUGCGUUGCAGCGUUGGUACUUGUUUUUAUAUAUCUGUUCUUUGGCUCCUCUAACCAUGGGGCAUCAGCUAUUGAGUAUGGGAGGAAACUUGGGUUGGGUGGUGAUGAAGAUGAUAACAAGAAAGAUGACACUUCUAGCUUGUUUGCUGUUGAAGAAGGAAGCAAUGGUUUCACACCAAGAAGCUUUCCUGUGUGUGAUGACCGCUACUCGGAGCUUAUUCCUUGCUUAGACAGGAAUCUCAUAUACCAAAUGAGAUUGAAGCUGGACUUGUCUUUGAUGGAGCAUUAUGAACGCCAUUGUCCUCCUCCUGAAAGGCGAUUUAACUGCUUGAUUCCUCCUCCUCCAGGAUAUAAGAUUCCAAUCAAGUGGCCGAAAAGCAGAGACGAAGUGUGGAAAGUGAACAUUCCUCAUACUCACCUUGCGCAUGAGAAGUCUGAUCAAAACUGGAUGGUUGUCAAAGGAGAAAAAAUCAAUUUCCCUGGUGGAGGCACACAUUUUCACUAUGGUGCUGAUAAGUAUAUUGCAUCAAUGGCAAAUAUGCUUAACUUUCCAAGCAACAUUUUAAACAAUGGUGGGAGGCUGAGGACAUUUCUUGAUGUUGGCUGUGGUGUUGCAAGUUUUGGAGGUUAUCUUCUUUCAUCGGAUAUUAUGACGAUGUCCUUGGCACCGAAUGAUGUGCAUCAGAACCAAAUCCAGUUUGCUCUUGAGAGAGGGAUUCCUGCAUACCUCGGUGUUCUAGGGACCAAGAGGCUCCCAUACCCAAGCAGAUCAUUUGAACUUGCACACUGUUCACGUUGCCGAAUCGAUUGGCUUCAAAGAGAUGGCCUUCUUCUUCUCGAGCUAGACAGGGUGCUAAGACCUGGUGGCUAUUUUGCAUAUUCAUCUCCGGAAGCAUAUGCACAAGAUGAAGAGGACCUCAGAAUAUGGAGAGAAAUGAGUGCUCUUGUGGGGCGUAUGUGCUGGACGAUAGCUGCGAAAAGGAAUCAAACUGUAAUUUGGCAAAAACCUUUGACAAACGAUUGUUAUUUGGAAAGAGAACCUGGAACGCAGCCUCCUCUAUGCAAUUCUGACAGUGACCCUGAUGCUGUGUAUGGUGUAAACAUGGAAGCAUGCAUUACUCAAUACAGUGACCAUGAUCACAAAACCAAGGGAAGUGGAUUGGCUCCAUGGCCAGCACGAUUAACCUCUCCUCCUCCUCGGCUAGCUGAUUUUGGAUAUUCCACUGACAUGUUUGAGAAGGAUACGGAAACUUGGAGGCAGAGGGUAGAUACUUAUUGGGAUCUCUUGAGUCCUAAAAUUCAAUCAGACACUGUGAGGAACAUAAUGGACAUGAAAGCAAACAUGGGUUCGUUUGCUGCUGCUCUGAAAGAAAAAGAUGUUUGGGUUAUGAAUGUUGUUCCUGAAGACGGUCCUAACACGCUUAAACUAAUAUACGACAGAGGCCUGAUGGGCGCAGUUCAUAGCUGGUGUGAAGCGUUCUCAACUUACCCUAGGACUUAUGAUUUACUCCAUGCUUGGGACAUCAUUUCCGAUAUCAAGAAGAGAGGUUGCAGCGCAGAGGAUUUGCUGUUGGAGAUGGACCGUAUACUACGCCCAAGCGGCUUCAUACUCAUAAGGGACAAACAAUCCGUAGUCGAUCUUGUCAAGAAAUAUCUCAAGGCUUUGCAUUGGGAAGCAGUUGAAACCAAGACGGCCACAGAUUCAGACCAAGACUCGGACAGUGUCAUACUUAUUGUCCAGAAGAAGCUGUGGUUGACAAGUGAAAGCCUCAGAGAUUUGGAGUAAUGAUGAUGAUGAUGAGGCUUAAAAACUGCCUUCAACAUGAAGAACAACAUUCAGGAAAAGAGAUUUCUUUAUUGGGAGAGUCUAAUCGAAACAUACAACGAAGAAAUUUCGUUUUAUAGAGGCAAUUUAACGUUUCUUUUUCUACUUUUGAUAUAUUUCUUUCUUUACAUAUUCAUAUAUGUUGUUUGUAUGGUUCAUUAGAGAGAACUACGUUUCCUAUCAAUUUAAAAUCUUUUUUGGUGCAA